AUGAGACUGCAGCAAAAAGCUGGUACCCACAGGCUUACGAAACGUAAGCGCCCUAUGCUCCUACCCUCGCACAGUACUAUGCCGCUCCAGAUAACACCCGACCAGCCCUACCAUGAGACUGCCAGAAAUCUGGGUACCCAAGGGCUUACCAAAGAUAAGCAUGCCACGCCCCCACCCAUGC